GUUGCCAGACUGCCUCGGUUGUCAAUGGCAACCGUUAAAAAUAAUAACCAAAACUAUUUAGUUUCGGCUUUUUCACUAUUCAUGCAAUGCGCUUGCCGCAGAUUUUUUACAACCUGCACAAGCGUCUUCAAAAAAUGUUUGACAAAAGCAACGAGGGCGGCGAGGGUGUCACGCCCAGUAUUCAAGACAUCGCCGGUCGGCUGGCGGAGGAGCAGCAGCGACUUCGGCAACUGGAGGCCACCACGGUGCCCAAGGAGCGAACCCUUCUUGUCCUGGGCAGCAAGUGUGUGGGCAAAACGACGGCCAUCAAUAAGUUUUUCGAUCGCGAGGAACACGCCACGCGACCAACUCUUGCACUGGAGUAUAGUUUCGGUCGAAGAAUUGGGAUUGGAAAGUCUCCCCAGGUGAUGAAUGUUUGGGAACUGGGAUCCCUGGACAAUGCAGAGCAAUUACUGGAAGUUCCCAUGAGGACACACGGUCUGCAGCAAUUGGCCGUCUUCAUAAUGUUGGAUCUCUCGCAACCACAGCGAUUUUGGACGGAUUUGGAGUGUGCCUUCAAGGGAUUAAGGGAUACGGCGCAACAAAUGAUGCAAAACUCAACUCCAGAUCUCAGAGAAAUCCUAGAACAACGCUCCUUGGAGCGAGUGGGUCAACAGAGCAAGGAGGAUCUGGGUAACCUCGAACCGCUGCCCUUUCCCGUGGUAAUUGUUGGUGGGAAGUACGAUGUAUUUGCUGGUUUUGAUCCAGCCAUCAAAAAACACACCUGUCGCUGCUUGCGCUCCAUGGCCCAUUUAAUUGGUGGCGCCUUGCUAUUCUAUUCCCAGCGGAUGCCCAAACUGGCCAAGGUCCUUAGGGACACCAUUAGCCACAUGGGAUUCGGAAGUCCUGCCCAUCCUUUCCGCUCUCAUGUAGCGGAUUUCAAUGAACCGCUUUGCAUUUGGUUUGGAACGGACAGUUGGUCGAAAAUUGGAGACACAGGAACUCAAAGUGUGGAGCGCAUUGGUGCCACAUUCGGGGUAGAAGUGCCGCAGCUGCAGCUGGAGAAACAGAAGCUGCCGGAAACCCCAGAUCCGUCCAAGGACCCUGGAUUCAGGGAGUCCCUCAUCGAUGAGAUGCGAUCGCAGAAGAACGAAGAACUUGCUGGUAUAAUGAGGGAUGUCCUUCUGCGCGGAAAGUUUGAAAGUGUUCAAAAUUAAGAAAAUUAUGGUUAUAAUCAAUGUUGUAUACCUCAAAGUAUUAAUUAACAUCAUAAAUAAA